AUGGUUAGAGAGACUCGGCACCUGUGGGUUGGAAAUUUACCCGAUAACAUACGAGAAGAUCGAAUAAGAGAGCACUUUAAACGCUAUGGCCGAGUCCAAAAUGUCAAGUUAUUGGGUAGAAUGGAAACCGCGAACACAGGUGCAAACGGAACAACUGUUACCGGUUUUUGCGCUACAGUCGCCUUUAUGGACAUCAAGUCUGCUUCAAAGGCGCACAAUGCCGAGCACGUGCUGGACGAGAGAACACUCACCACGGAAUACUACGAGCCAGCAGCGAUACCAUCGGCCGCGGGCGCGCCUUCGGCUGGCUCCUCGCCCGCCGGUUCUGGCUAUUCAGGUUCUUCGUCCUCCGUGAACUCGGCACCUGCACCUGUUAACAUCACGCGCUACCAUCUGUCGGGGGAGGAAAGCGCGGGCAAUGCUUGUGCGAUGGCUGCGUCGGCGGCGGCGCCGGCGACGUGGCGCGGCACCAACGACAGCGCCUCCGAGUACUGUCGCCGCGGCAACACGCCCGCUACCUACGGACGGUACCAACGCAACAACUCCACGGCGGCACCCUACGCCACACCGCCAUCCAAUGUUGACAGAACGACGCCUCAUCAGCGGUGGUUCGCGAGCGGGGAGCGGGCAGCGGGGGGCGCGGGCGGGGAGAGCACGCCGAGCACGCCCGGCGGCGGCACGGAGGGCGGGCGGCGGCGGCGGCGCUCCGGCUCGGGCUCGUCGCGCUCCGACACCAGCUCGCCGGAGCCCAGCGACACGUCGCGAGCCUCCACGCCGGCCGCGCCGCCGCCCGACCGCCACGCCGCGCGCCGUACGCCGCCCGCGCACCUCCACCAGUGGGCAUCGACGGCGAACGGGCGACCGCUCGCUAUCUGUGUACGCAACCUGCCGACCCGUUCCACUGACAGCUCGCUGAAGGACGGCCUCUAUCACGAGUACAAGAAGCACGGCAAGGUGGUUUGGGUGAAGGUUGUCGGACAAAAUGCCGACCGGUAUGCAGUGGUGCGAUUCAAGAAACCGUCCGAUGUGGAUAAGGCGCUCGAAGUCUCGCAGGACAAAUUGUUUUUCGGCUGCAAGAUCUCAGUGGCACCGCACCAGAACUGCGACGAAGACGCCGAGUCCGCCAAACCUUACGAGACUGAUAUCGACGAGUAUCAUCCCAAGGCGACUAGAACCUUAUUUAUUGGUAAUCUAGAGAAGGAUGUGACACAGCAACAGCUGAGGGAUAAGUUCAAGCACUAUGGACGGAUAAUUGAGAUCGAUAUAAAGAAGGGCAGCGGCGGAGGUGCUGGUUACGCCUUCUGCCAGUACCAGUCCAUAUCUAGCGUCGUGGAAGCUAUCCGUGCCAUGGACGGGGAGUAUGUUGGCGGUUCGAGGGUCAAACUGGGCUUCGGAAAGCCCGUCGCUACCACCUGCGUUUGGGUCGAUGGCCUCACUGAGCAUACAGAAAAGCAGGUGCUGCAGGCGGUGUCGCGGUGCGGCGCGGCCACGUCGGUGUGCGUGGACCGCGCGGCGGGCGCGGCGCUCGUGCACUUCGAGCAGGCGGCGGCGGCGGGCGCGGCCGUGCGCGAGCUGCGCCGCGUCGCCGCGCUCGCCUCCGCCGCGGACCCCGACCAGCCGCGCCUCGCCGUCGACUACGCCUCGCGCGAGUGCCAGGAGGCUUUCUACGAUCAACUAGAGAAACACGGAGGAUCAGCCCCUUUAGCAGGAUCCGAGAGAUUAACCGGUGAUCUUUCUACUCGCUACAUACCAUCUGUAAGACAUGAACAACUCCGAUACGAUGGGACAAGAACGCGAGCACCAAGCUUUAGUCGUGGGUCUUCACGAACGCCGCGUUAUCCAACACAUGAACAUUAUGAUCCGGCGGAAUAUGCGGCUGAUCGGCGAUACAGGGUAUAUGAGGAGCUAGGUUCGAGUCCACAGACGGAUGACACUCCAUAUGAAGAUCGGUUACAGUCAGUCGUAGUGUCACCACAUCGUACUCAUAGACAUAGGAGAGACUCAAGUCCCGAGGAUCGAAAACAUUCAAAGGAACGGCAUAGAAGCGUAGGCGGUGGGUCGCGACGGUCCCGGUCGGGGUCGCGCGGCGGGUCGGUGCACACGGUGCACACGGCGCACACGACGCACACGGCGCGGCGCCGGCACCGGCGGCGGCGCGACGGCUCGGAGUCGCGCAGCUCGCGCGCCGGCACGCCGCUGCGCGACGAGCCCGACGCGCCGCCCGCCGAGCCGCGCCGCCCGCCCCGCGAGCGCCCGCCUCUGCCCAUGAGCCUGCCGCUGCCCAAGUUCGCGGCGCAGCUGCUGCGCACCGCGCCGCCCACGCCGCGCCCCACGCCCGCGCCCGCUCCCGACUCCCCGCCGCGGCCCCCUUCCGCCUCCUCCUCGAGCACGGGCUCGGCGCCGCACUCGCCCUCCCUGGAAGAACGGAUCCGCAGUCUCGAUGAAAAAUAUGAAAAAUGGAGUGGUUCACGCGCUCUUGCCGACGCGCCCGACCGCGCCCGUCUUCGACACAGACUUCUCGAAGUCGAUAUCAACGAAGUUAAGCCGUCGGAGGUUGUGCGUUCGCUACUAGCUAAGCGUUCCGUGUUCGACGAGGACUCUGAACGUUUGGAGGGAACCGCUCGAGCCCCGAGUCCGGGUGGCAGCCCCCACACGCGCCCAUCUCCGUGUGUGUCACGUACGCUGCGCUAUCCGUUCCCAUCACAUCCGCCUCACUUACCGAUGGUGCCUACGGCGACGGCCCCGGGCUCGACGCCUUCCGUCCCGCUUGUGGCGUUGCCCGGCGGUGCGCCGCCUCCGCCGCCGCCUCCGCAGCCGCCUCCGCCGGAGACGGAAUCCGAAUCGAUAGACCGACCGGCUGACCCGCGUCUCAAUAGACCGGAGAGACCCUAUCGACUUGAGAAACUAGGAAAGUUUAAUGAGAGUGAUUAUAGACUCGAUUCACGAGUACGCUUAAGAACUCCUUCCGUUGACAAAUUACAGACUGAAAUGAUAGACCGAAAGUCAUCACCUAGUGCCGAAAGGGAUAGAGUGGAUGUAGAAAAAGAAACAAAAAGAGAAAUUGAAAAUAGGAAACGAGAGCCUUGUUCCAUUGUACGAGAAGAUGAAACAAAGUCGUAUAUUACAGACGUUGUAAAAGACUGCUUUGAUAAAAUUGAUUCUGAUAUUAAAAAUAUAGAAAGAAGUCUUAUGUCACAAGAUGGAAACCAAAUUGAAGAAAGCUUAAAGAGAUCAGACGAUAAAUUUCCAACAUUACUGAGCUCCAUAAAAACGGAAAGAAUUUUCAACCAAAAUGAAACAUUACUUGUAAAUAACAAUACAGUCAAUUGUAAUAAUAUUGAAUCAGACAUAAUAAAACACCACAUAAAGAAAGAAGAAUUUAUGACAUAUGAACCGCCUUCAAAUAAACGACAAUCACCUGAAGAAUUUUUAUUUAAACGUAUACAUCAUAUAAAAUCUGAAACGUCCAAAGAUGAAGAUCUAAAACCCAAGUUAAACUGUGACAACAACUUAGAUCAUUGUUCUAAAUUAUUCAAUAACCUUGAUAGUAAAAAUGUAACUUCAGGUACAUCACAGCCUUCUAACCAUUUAAACGCAGUAAAUUAUUUAGAUACAAAUAAAAAAGUUGAAGUAAAGCAGGAAUUAAUAAAUAAUGAUGGUAACGAAAAAUCAAAUCCAAAUUUCUUUGACUCAUUCAACAUGGAUAAAUGUGAAAAAGAGAAUAUUGUGUUAGAAAAUUCUGAUAAAUCAAAGGCAGGUUGUGUCAUUUUGAGUCCCAUUGAUAAAAAGCAUUCGGACACUAGAAAUCUUGAAGAUAAUGUACGAAGCGAUCACGAUAAGUCAGUAAAAUACUCUAAAGAGCGUGUGGAUAAGGAUAAACAUGAAUGUGAAAGAGAAAAGUCGAAGAAAAAUACUAAACUAGAACGGCAAGAUAAAGACAAAAAAUUAAAAGAAGAAACAAGUAGUCAUAAACCUCAUUCCGAGAGAUCAGAAAAAAUAAAAAUUGAAAAAGAUUUGCCUGAUAAAAAUGAACGGGAUAGUGAGAAGACGAAGCAUGCAGAUGAUAAGGUGCGUCAUGAUAAUCAUAAGAAGGACAAGACCGAAAAAGAUAAAAGAAAAGAAACAUCAGAAAAUGAACCUGUAUCUAGCAAAUUAAAAAGAGACGAUAAACACAAAUCAACAAAGAAAGAUGCCAUUGAAUCUAAAAGAGAUCAUAGUAGAAAAGAACAUGAUGCAAAGCAUAGCAAAUCUGCUAAAGAUGAAAAUUUUAGAGAUUUAUGCCGCAAAGACUCCACUGACUCUUCCACUUCAAGGGCUUCUCAUGACUCAUCUAAAAUAAGAGAUUUAGAAAAUCAUGAAGGUAAGGAAGAAAUAAAAUCAAAAACAAAGUUAGGCACCGACUUGUCUUUAAAACAUGAUAUAGAAAAAGAAGUAUCACAAAAAGUAGUGGAUACAAAAUGUGAUAAUAUGGCGAAAAUUAAAACUGAUAUAAAAGAGGAAAAGCCUUUUUCAGAUAACCAUUUAAAAAAUAAAUCUGAUAAUCACUCUGAACACUGUUCGAAAUCUAAAACUGAAAUUAGUGAAAAACAAAGGCAUUAUUCACUCGAUUCUGCCGGAAUUGACUGUAAGCGUAAAGAACGCCUCAAUUCUUGCUCAAGUUUACCUCCUAACAUAGGUCAUAAAAGAAGAUUAUCAUCGCAAGAGAGUCUUGACUGUCAAAAUGAAGAUAUAAAAAAGUGUAAGAGUGAUAUAAAAUGCAUUGAAAGAAGAGAUUCGAAAGAUUGUCGAAGUAAUGACAGACAUAAAACGACUAAGUUUAAUAAGGGGCAUUUUGCAAAAAUAAUAGAAAGUAAAACUAAAGAUGAUAAGAAAAAUCAAGUCAAACCACCUGACGAUUGCUUUACUGAAAUGAAAGAUAGUGAAAACAAAGAAAUAUCAUCAGUAUCUGACAAAACCAAGCAUGUUAGAAAAAGUCCUAAGGAAGGCAUUGAUGAAAAAAUACUUGAAAAUUCUGAUGCUCAUUCUGAUGCACUACAAAAUGAUUUAGAUUUUUUGGCCACUUUAGAGUUACGAUCAAGUGAAGAGGAUGAAAAACAAAAAGCUCUUAGAAAAGAAAUGAAAGAAAAGAAACGCAUUCAACAGUUGCAGCAAAUUCAAGAAUUGCAAAUGCAACAAGAUGCACUGCAGCAAGCAGAAUUAUUAAAUAAACUUAAAGAAGAUAAAAAACAUAAAAAUGAGGAUAAGAAAAAAGAGUUAGCUCGAGAUAAACGCAUGUCAACUGAUCGCAAGAGUAAAGACGAUAAAAAUGAUAAUAAUAAACGAAAAAAUCGUAAACCACUUCAUAGUAGUGAUAGUUCUGAUUCUGAUGAACCUAAGAAACAUUCUAUAUUUGACAUUAUCGAUGACGAACCAACUUAUAUAUCUAUGUACGACAAAGUCAAAGCGCGGUCGUGCAAAAAUAUGCAAAAACAAGAAGAGGAGAAACGUCAAGAGAAAAUCAAAGCAAAAUUCAGCCAGCUUAAACAAAGUAGAGCAAAACGUGAAGAAAAGAAAAGGUCGAGCUGGGAUGAAGACAGUGAUUCGGACCAUGAAAGAAGAAAAUCACACAAAACUUCAAUGGAUAGUUCUUCUGAAGAUGAGCAAAUUGUUCUUCACAGUAAGAAACGCGAAAAAUUACAAGCGUCUAGUGUAGACUAUGAUCGUAUGAAGACUAUUGAUUACUUUAAUGCCCACACAAUUGAAGAAGAUUCUUGUAAUAAAUUGUCCCGAAAAAAUUCAAGAACUCGCAUCUUAUCCGACACCUCUGAUGAUGAGAGUUCAAGAAGAAAUGUUUGUAGAAGUCCUGAUUUUGGUACGAAAAUAAAGAAAGAAUUUCUAUCGGAUUCCGAGUCGCAGCAAGGCAGCAGAGAAACUGAGAGUCUCCUAAAAGAGUUCGGCGAGGAUAAAGUUAAGAAGACUUCUCUAUUGAAUUUGUUUGGCAAAUCGGACUCAGAUGAUCAUAAGUUAAAGUCUCGAGAAAUUGAUAAUGAAUUUAAAAUGCAAUAUGUAAAAUCAAUUUCUAAUGAUCUUUCUUCUGAAGCCGAAUCUGUAACCUCAAACCGUAAUAUUGGAGAAAUUCGUAAGAAACAUAAAAAGAAGCAAAAGAGGCAUAAGUUGCCAUUUUCAGACGAAGAAAUUAAAUUAGAAAGCAAUAAUGAAUUCGAAAAUGAUGCAAAACAUAAGAAUUCAGAAAAGCUGCGUCGUCAUAGUACUAAAAAGGAAAAACGUAAAGAUAAAAUUCGUGAUAGUGUAGAUGUAGAAGAAACUCAAGUACGAGAAGAAAAAAUAAAACAUAAAAAAGAUAAAAAAUCACCGAAUCACUCGUUUGAAUUACUGCAAGACUUGUGUCCAAAUGCUAAAAAAGAUGGAAAAAUGGAAGAUAUAUUUGGACCACUAUCCGAUGAUUCCGAUAAAGAAAGAAACAGUCAUAAGUCUUCCAAUACUAAAAUAGAUUAUACGUCACAUGACUUUGAAUCUACUAUUUCUACCCAAAUUGAUAAAGUAGAACAACAAUUGAGUACAGAAGAAUCGAAAAGUAUGGAAAAAGAUGAAAACAAACGAAAGAGAGAUAAAAAACGAAAAGACAAAAAAUAUCUUGUUAAGGAGGAUGAUAAUAGCUUGGACGUUGAUGCUGUAAGUAAGGCUAUAGAAGCAAGGCUGUUUGCUGAUGCCACGAGCCAUGAUGAUAACCGAGCUAAAAAUGACUUUUUUGAUAACCAAACAAUAUCUGAACAAAUUGAUCGCAAAUUAGAUGACAUCUCUUCAAGAAACGAUUAUUCUAAAUCAAACGAUAGACACUACGAUAAAUUUAAAAAAGAGUUUAAAGAUAGAGAAAAGAGAAAAAAGAAAAAGAAAAAUAAAGAAGAUCGACAAAACCGUAGGGAUCAUCAUCACUUUCACCAUCACGAUAAAGUUAGUAAAUUAGAAGAAUUAAUAUCACUAGAAAAAACAGAAGUGGUUCCUCCUAAAACCCUUGUUAAAGAUAUACCUUUACCAGCAGAGAUACAAAAAGUGGAAACAACAAAUAAACCAGAUGAUUGCAAGUCACUCUCUGAGUCACCUAGCCUACCCAGGUUAACUGACACUCCGCCUCUAUCAUCGUUAGAUGAUAAAACUAAAAAUGAGAGUAACUCUUCAAAUAUUUUAGAAUUAAUUAAAACUAUAGAAUUAAAUGAGAUUCCUAUGCCACCAACAUAUGACUAUACUAUCCAAGAUAUUAGCGAAGUACCAUUGCCGAAAGACCCUAUCCCAUCUAACAGUGAAUUAAACAAACAAGAAACCUUUCUGCCGAGUUUUGAUAUCGAUGAUAAUGAAAAUGCUGUUCGUAGCAUCUCAAACUUAGAUAUAGAAUCUGAAAAGUCCGUAGAAAAAAUUGAUUCUCAUUCCUCCAAACUUGACAAAAAAGUAGAAGAGAAGCCAAGAGCAAUUAUUUCACAAGAAGAAACAGAAGAUGCUGUAGCUGCCCUUUUAGGAGAAAGUUUUGGUGGCAAAGAAAAUACAUUUGCUAAUUGCUAUGAAGAGGUGGAAAAUGACAGUGUCCGGGAGAUUGAAGUUGAAAGUACUGUUACUGAAAAUGAUAAUAUUCCCGAGGAAGAUGCUGAAGAAAUGCGACAAGCUGUGCAAAAUUUAAAUGCGAGUGAAAUGGAAAUUAAACCGGACACGCCAGUUUCUGAUAAUGAUCUUUUACUUAUUGAUACUGAUACAGAAGACGCCGAAGAAACACCACAAGACGCUAUUGACAGGUUACCCGUUAAUAUAAUCGCAACAAACCAAUCCCUCAAUAACAACUCUAAAAUCAAUACAAGUAAAUCGGAAGAAAUUUCAAAUAUUAUUAUUACAAAACCAAAAACAACUGUUGUUCACAACACAAGUCCGGAACCAAAUGUUACAAAAAGUAAUGAAACAGAUUUGACAUUUACCCUACCUAAGAAAGAUCCUGUUCAACAGGCUACCUCUACUGCAACACCAGUGAUUACAUCAUGGACGUUAUCUAAUAAUAAGCUAUUAGAGCCGCAAUUAUUAAACAUAUCAUCAAACCCGUUGCCUUGUAGAGAUACAAAUGAAAAUAAAUCAACGCAUAUUACAACAAAUAUUGUUCAACUUAAGCCACCUACAAAUCAAAUUAACAACUCAUUAAGACCAAUCGUCAAUCCCGUCAGAGUCAGUGCUCCAUAUCAAGUUAUUAAUCAGAUGAUUCGACCUCAGUUAACAAAUAUGCAGCCCCCUACCAUCAAAAUACCAGAAUCUCAUGUUCUUUAUCAAAAACAACCAGGCAUUGUUAUUUCACCCAGGACUAGCUGUGACACUCGUAUGUCUAGUCCCAAAGCCAGUCCUCAAGGGGAAGGCAUGACUUCGCCGCGACUAACUAACAUGGCUAUUUUGAGUACGUCUCCACAAAAUUUGAACACUGUUGGGAUAAGAUCUCCAAAUGCUUUACAUCAAAGAUCUCCUGGACAAAUGACAGUAGUACGUAUGCAGCAACCACCAUUAAGUCCGAUUCAAACUAUGCAUAUUCCCGUUGGUGCAAGAGCUAUGGUUUCUCCCAACAGACCAAAUUCCGUGUUGGUUCAAACGCAGGGGACACCGCUACAUUUAAAUCGUUUACCGGUUGCGCCAGUAUUAACUCCAAUUUCAAAGCAAAUGAAUGCAAAUAAUCUACUUCAACAAAAUAAAAGUAUUGGGGUAAGCAGUUCUUCAGUUAUGCAUCAACCAAAGAUCAUUACAGGUGAUUGCAGAAAAAAUGAAGUUCGAAACAUAACCGAAAAUAUCAACGAUAAUAAUAAAAUACUUCUAUCACCCACGCGUUUACAAACAAACACGAAUGCUGCAGUUAUGGCACAGAAUCGUUUUAUACCAAUGCAAAACGCUCUGCACGUGGGAAAUGUAAAUACAACGUUGCAUAUGCAAAAUAAAAUUCUAAUUAAUAAGAGUCAAGUUUCUGAUAAACAAGAAAAUCAAACUCAGAAAUCAGAGCAAAGUCAUAUUUCUCUAACCACCAAGCCCAUAAUACAUGUUGCUAAUGUAAGCCACUCAGCUGCAUCCAUAAUACAAAGUGGAGUAAAACCAGUGAUGUGCACAAUUCAAGAAGCAAACGUAGCCAAUAGAGGUCAAGGAUCUAAUGUGAUCCACACUUUAAAUUCACAAAGAGUAUUGACUACAACUGCGUUAAGUAAUGUUAUACAGUUAGAUUCGAGCAAAGUUCCAACAUCACUUUUUUCUGUUGCUGCAAUUAGGCCACCUACAGUUUUAACUAAAAUAGACAGCACAAAUUCAGUAGCUGUUACAUCAUCAAAUCUUACAAAUGUGGUUAUGACUCCAUUGUUAUUGACUACUACUGGAUCGAAAACACCCAUCAGAAUAAAUCUAAAAAAUGAUGUUGAUAAUUUAGAAAGCGCUUUUGCAGUAUCAAUUCAAAAUAAAGUUUUGCAUGACAAAGAAAACGUAGUUAUAAACAAAAGCGAUUCCAUCGUUGUAACUGAGUAUGAAAAACAACAUCAAAAUGAACCAACAGUGUCAACCGAGAUUAUAAAUAAAUGUGAUACAGACUUUGAGGAAUUGCUGAAAGACAACACAAAUGAAAUUAAAAUAACCAAUGAUCCGGAAAAGAAACUUGAAGUUAAUGUGGGGAAAACAGUAACUUUAAUUACACACUGUAGAGAAAGACAAAAUAGUGUCAAUAUUUCUGACAAAAUAGAGAGCGGAAAUGAAGUUUCUGUCUUAGAAGCAUCUCUUGUGCAAAGUAAUACAAUGGAUAAUGACAAAGAAAAAGAAGAAAAAAAUGCUGAGUCUGAAAAAGAUAUGGCUGGGAUUGUGUGUCCGUCAAAAGAUUCAACUAUAAAAAAUGGUGAAGAAUUGGCUACAGUUGAAAAGGCAGAAACUACCAUACACACACCGACAAAUAGCAUUAUCGUGGAGCCCGAUAAAGUUUGUGAUACAGCCACAAAUCACACCAACAAGGAAGAGGUUUAUACUUUUCCUACUAUUUUAUCAUCUGAUAAUGAAAAUGAUAGUCAAACGAAAAGCAUAGAUGAAAAUGAUUAUUGGUCAGCAAAGGAUGUAAAUAUAGAAUCGGUCAUCAAAAAGGUCGAUUCGUUGUGUAAUGACAACAAUGAACUAAAUGACAAAAAGAGUGAUGUGAAUAUAAAUGAAGUAACAACCUCUGUUUCAACAUACCCUUUAAUUUCUAAUACUUUAGAAACGGAGUCAACCAAAUCUUCAGAUAAACAAAGCGAAUAUAUUCUAAACAACCCUCUCGAAGAAUUAAAUACUGAAAAAGCAACGCCAACAAACAGGAGAGGUGGUCGGAAUUCUAGAGGUAAAAGAACUGACAGAAAGCAGGAGAGAGUACAAACUAGACAAAUUUCUAAACCAGCUAGAGGAACUGGUGGAGGCAAACGUGGUAGAGGUCGAUCCAAAAUAGAUAAAAAAAUAAAAAGUCUAGUUAACAAUACAGUUAAUAAUAUACCGGGAGAUGUAUAUGACUUUCACGAGGAUUCUGGUGAUGAAACAACUAAUUCACCCAAUAAACCUGAAACAAGACCGCGUCUAAUUCUUACUAUUAAAAGUCCACUAUCUGGUCAUUCCAACGUAAUUGCGUCAUCGACGCUUAGUAUCGCUACUAAAGAUCAAUUAAAAAAUGAAAAAGCUGUAAAGGAAGAUAAAAUUGAAAGUUUUGCAUCACCUUCGCCUAACACCAGAAAAUCACGAAGAUUGCAGGAAAAAGAUGUUCAACGCACAACUGUAGAUGAUGUAAUUGACGAUGUUAUUAAAGGAUCUAGUGUGCAAACUAAAACUAAAGAAGGUAAUAAGAGACGACAAACUAGACAAGCUGGAACUAAAGUUGAUAAAGUUCAAAAUGCAGAUACGAGAAAAUCUCCAAGGGGCGUUAAAAGAACUAGGGAUAGAAGUUUGUCGGAUGCGUCAGUCGAUAGCUGUGACGAGAAAAUCAAAAAAGAAGAAGCAGUCAAAGAGAUUAAGAUACCCAAAAUGACAGAAACAGCCUUUGCAUGUAAAGCUGAGUCGGAACCCGCGCCAGUGAUAAAGACUAGUACACCACCUGUGACCUUUCAACCACCAAAUCCAGCGCCGACGCCUAUUAUGAAACCACCUAAAAAGAUGAUAUCCGAAAUUAGUGCGAAAUUGGCGAGCGCGUUUGACGCGGCGGCAUCGGCUACGACUAUAAUGGGAGCAGCGUCGCCCAAUGUAGCUGGAGUAGCAGGAGUGCCGGGUGUCGCUGGCGUGCCGGGAUUGGCCGGUGUUCCGGGCGUGUCCGGCGUGCCCGAGCGGGCCGCCCAGCAUCAGGCGGACCGGGCACCGAUGGAGGCUGACAAGCAGGGUAUACCUUUACGUGAGCCUCGGAACCCAGACUUCGUGUCAGCCACCGGCGAGUCGAGUGACGCGGGCUUUGCACGUCGCCUAGUGGACAACGUGCCCGGCAACAUGAUGCCCGUCGGAGCUACAGAAGCUACAGAUGCGCGAGUGCAGUCGCCGGCAUUGCCGCACAGACCACCUUCCACGCACCGGCCCACCGACCGAGCAACGCCCGUCCUCAUGAGGGUUGGAGAAAGUGAAGCGGACGUGCACUGCAUGGCCAGCGUGGGUGCGGUGAGCAACGUGGGCGGGCUGGGCGCGGGCGUAGGGGGCGUGGGGCCAGGCGUGGGGGGCGUGGGGCCAGGCGCGGGGGGCGCGGGAGGCGUGGGGGGCGCGGGCGCGGCGGGCGGGUCGCGGCUGCGCGCGUACGCGGGCGCCGCCAGCCUGCCGCGCGGCGCGCACCUGCCGCCUCCGCACCACGCCAAGCAGGUCGCCGUCGUUGGACCCCACCACCAUCACCCUGGAGCUGCUUCUCGAGUCACCAUUACCAGUGUGCCGUCCAUCAGUCCCCAAGGCCAAAUGUCUUUGGGAGACGGAAUGUAUCCUCACUUUUCUCAUCAACAUUAUCAAAUGUACCAGCAACAUUUCCGUGCUACACAACAUGAAAGUCGAGCUACACCUUCACCAUACACAAGGUCACUAGAGGCGGAGGGCUCGGAGGCGCCGACGCCGCCGCUGGAGUUGCGGCGGCCGCCGUCGGCGCGCGUGCCGCGCCCCGCGCACUCGCCCGCGCACUCGCCCGCGCCCGCCGACCGCUUGCUGCUGUGCGAUAGCGGGUACCGCGUGCCGGCAGCCCACGGCACACGCCUGGCCGCCGCGCUGCCGCCGCCCGCCGCGCCAGGCCCGCCGCACGCCUCGCAGGUGCCGCGCGAGGCCGACUCGCUGCAGAUGCUGCUCAGGCGGUACCCGGUGCUGUGGCAGGGGCUGCUGGCGCUGAAGAACGACGCGGCGGCGGUGCAGAUGCACUUCGUGGGCGGCAACCCGGGCGUGGCGGGCGACACGCUCACCGACGGCUGCACGCCGCUGCUGCGCAUCGCGCAGCGCAUGCGCCUCGAGCCCGCGCAGCUCGACCAGGUGCACCGCAAGAUGAAGCUGGAGAGCGAGCACUGCAUCCUGCUGGCGCUGCCGUGCGGGCGCGACCACAUGGACGUGCUGCAGCAGUCCAACAACCUCACCAGCGGCUUCAUCACCUACCUGCAGCGCAAGCAGGCCGCCGGCAUCGUCAACGUCGCGCCGCCCGGACACCAUCAGGCCGUAUAUACCGUACACAUCUUCCCGUCGUGCGAUUUCGCCAACGAGAAUCUGAACCGCAUCGCACCAGACCUAAUGCAUCGUGUGGCUGACAUCGCCCACUUACUCAUCGUUAUCGCCACCGUAUGA